AGUUGUAUAGAAAAAAAUAUUUUGCACAUAUUCUGAUAAGACGCUAAACUGUUCAAAAAAUCCUACUUUGUUUAUUGGACUGUACCAAAGAAAAAUAUUUAUGAGACUGAGAAUGCUUUGUUUGGGAUGCGAUUAAAUCACUUUGCACCUCCACGACAACGCGCUGGACUGGUUACCUUGACAACAGGAUGCCAGAAGAGCGAGACUGAUCAUGUAAUAAAGAGCCACUGAAACGUUUCAACGUAAAGUCAGAUUAUGUUUUCAGGACCCGUGAAGCCCCAGAAGCAAGAUGCUGGACAUCUCUCAAUUAUUACAUCAAACUUCAUACCUACGUUACGCUUCCAGGUUAUCUCGCUGCAUUCGGGCUUUAAUACUUCUGUACGACAAGGGUUUUCAAAAUCGUUUCAGUGUGUUUGUAUUUUUGUCAACAGACAAAGAAAAACGGCUAUGCAGCAGUCAGCCUCCAGAAUGGCAUCCAAUCGCACAAAAAAGACUGGUGAAAACUCCUUAGAAAGGAUGCCACCAGAGAUAAUUUGCAAGAUUCUUUUAUAUCUGGAUGCUGGAUCACUCUUCUGCAUUGGUUUUGUCAACAAACACUUCCAUGAACUUUCCAACAACAAUGCUGCCUGGUACCAGUUCUACAUCCGUGAACGUACCAAGAAGAAGAAAGCCAGGCAAGAAGACUGGAUGAUACAUGGUCUGGGUGUGGUUGAUGUGCAGGGGAGGCCAAAGGGACACUGGAGAAACAUGUUCUUCAAAGAAAUUGCUGGCCUAAAUGCGAACAAGUGGAGAAAAAAGCUUCAGCGCCAUGAUCCAUAUUCAGGGCUGCCAUGUCAUACAGAGGAAGUCUUAAGGAGUCUGUGCAUUACAUGGGAGAUCAUAGUGACUGAUGGGAGAGGACGGCAGAGCACCUUUGAGCAGUCUCGGGCCUCCUUCAGCAGUACGGCUGUUUUUAUGUUUUGGGGUACUGUCAGCUUGCCUCCCUUCAACCAGCUCACCUCACUUGAGCUUCACGGAGUGUUGCGGGUGCCCCUCGAUUGUCCGGCACCUUAUAGACCUGUCUGGAAAUCCAUCAUGUCCAAAAUACACCUUAAAGGCAGAAACGGGGAGUUUUGUGGUUCAGACAAAAUUGUCAAGUUGCUAUACAUUGGACAGGGCGUAACUGUGGGAAUCUGGCAGGACCAUUGGGCAGUUGCUUUUAUCAUCGUGAAUUUGCACAAUGACAGACUUGUGGAAAGAAGUCUUCCUGCAUCAGUUUGUCCACAUACAGCAGCUGAAGUCAGUGCAUUGUUUGAUGAUUUGGACCCAGAGUAUGGUCUCCAUGGAUACACUGCUUACAUUGAACUGCACAAUACAGUGAGAGUGAUCAUGUCAGGGCGCUUUCCCCAGCUGUUCUGCAGGAGAGAUCAGAUUUCUGAUGGUUAUCUUCCACUGGAAGUCAUCAGUGAGGCUAACAGAUCCCUAAAUACUCAUCUGGUUGGAGACAUAAGCUUGCCUUGGAGGACUGAAGCCCUACAUGGAACUAUCAAGGAUUGCUGCAUGAUGAACCUCACUGUAUGGGAUGAAGCCAUGCAGCCUUUUUGGUGUGUCAGUGCUCCUGUUGUCAUGACAAAAGCAAAUCAAGAGGUGGUAUCUUAUGAUUUUGAUGGAGAGAGUUUCUCCAUCCUGUACCAAGACUCAGGGGGGAGGGGGGAGAUGAGGCUGAAAUGGGUGGAGGAUAAGGAACAGUAUUUUGUGGUUAAUCUAGUGCUUUACAUUUCUAUCUCCAAAGUAAAUAAGCACUUUGGGAGAAAUUAUUAAAGUUUUGAUGCACAAUUUAUCAUAGGCAUCUGCUCAGUGAAGCAUUUCCAUAUCAACUUAUUGGGCCUCAUUAGUUUGAAGCACAAACAGAAUACAUUUCUGUAAAUUGUUUGUGAAAAAAAAAAAAAAAAAACUGCGUAAAUUGUCACAUGUUGUUUUGUUGUUCAUUUUAGUGUUGUAGAGAAUUAUUUUGUCCUUCUGUACAAAUCUGUAAGUUAAAACCAAUUGCAAAAAGGCUUAUGACAUUCAUUGCAUCCAUUUAAUUUAAUUUUCCUUAUAUCUGCUAAGUGAAAUUAUUUGCAUAAUGGAUGGUUAUGGUCAAUCCUACGUUACUCAAGCAGCAGAAUGUUUCUUAGCUCGAAACAUGACAGAAUUCUUGUAUGCCAGGCAAUUGCAUUCAUUAUAUUAUUCAUAGGCAAUAGACAUUUCUCUUCCCCAGAGGUAGAUCAUGUCCUUUUGUCAUAGCGUCAAGUUACAGUUUAAAUCUCCACUGCAUUCGUUUAUGAAAAUUUAAUAGUCCAUAAAAUUUCAGCUGAAGUACUUGACUUGAAGAUGUAUCACGCCAUAAUGGCAAGGACAUUAAAGUGUGUGUAAUGGAAUUUCAGCGUGUGACUUUGUAAACAAUAUUUUGACAUAAUAAAACUAAACUCCUC